ACACACACACACGCACACACACUCAGAGUGGUUCUCAUACACACUGCAGGAGCAGACCUUCCUGUACUGGGGUGGUAACUGGACAUAGAAGUAUUGAGGGGACUGUAGUAAACAGGGUGUACAGGGUCUAAAGAGACUUGAACUAGCUGGGAGCCACAAGUCAUCAUGGUUAACCUGCUGGUCCUCACACUGAAGGUUGUCCUCCUCUUAGCUGCUGUGUGGAGUGUGUGUUCAGCAGAGUUGAUCACAGUGGAAGGAUAUGAGGGGGGCAAGGCAGAGAUCAGAUGCCCCUAUAGAGAGGAGUGGAGGAGCCACCAGAAGUACCUCUGUAAAGGGGAUUGUCCUGUUUUUAAUAAAAACAAAGUUAUUAAGACUGAGGCAGGGGAAAACAGUGCUUCUAAAGGGAGAUACUCGCUGAAGGACAUCAGAGAGGAAAGUGUCUUCAUUGUGACAAUCACCAAACUGAUGAUUAACGAUUCUGGGAAAUACUGGUGUGGAGUGACCAAUUUAUUGGCAGAUGACUACACUGAAGUCAACCUUACAGUCUCUAGAGCGACACCAACAAUAACCACCACCACAAGAAAACCUGCAGCAAAAACAACAGCAUCAAACCCAGGUUCACCAAUGCUAUCAUCCUUAGCCACCUCCAUCUCAUCAUCAUCAUCCAUCUCUCAACUAUCAUCCAUCUCAACACCAUCAUCCAUCUCAUCAUCAACACAAAAUGGAUUUGAUACAUCAGUGGUCAUCAUAGUAUCUGGGACUCUGGUCAUGCUGCUAUUGGUGCUUGUGGUCAGCCUGCUCAUAGUCUAUAGAUGGAAAUUCAACAAGGAAACAGCUGACUCCUCAGCACCCAGGGUGAACACAGACACUGGGAUCAACAGAGAGGGUUGUCAUGGUGAUGGUGACUAUGAGGAGAUAGAGGACUGCCCCCUACAGUCCAGUUCAGGUGGUGAGACCACCGCCAUUUACGCCACCGUCAACUUACCCACAAGCACCUCUGACUCUCUCAACUACGCCAACGUCAACUUCCACAAGGUCCCCAGCUGCUCCAAUGAGGCCACUGUCGCCAUCGCUAAAGAGGGCACUUCUCCUGGUUACUAUGCCACUGUCAACAUUGGUCAAAGCCCCGCCCACUCUACUGUCAAUCAUCCACACAGCACCUCUGAGGCCCCUCCCAUCUAUUAUACAGUCAGCAAACCCAGAGAUGCCUGAGUCACUGACAACCAGUCACAAGGGACAUAUACACACGGGCAACAAAUCAUAAGUGACAUGUUAUUAAAAUAGUUAUAACUAUAUGUUCCACUGACAAUUUUUAGAAAACAGCUACAAGAUCAGGGCCUGAGUUCCCGAUAGCGAUGGAACUUAGGCUUACAAGUGUUUUAACGAUGCAUAGUUCCUACAACGGCCGAAUAUGUAUCUUGCGUUUUCUAAAACACCAAACAGGGAGAACAUUCGCUAAGUGAUUAAUUGAAGAACAUUUACACAUACUCAGAACAUUGCUUGGUGUAAUGGUGCUGCUAGUGAUAUAGAACAUGCUAGUAAUAUACAACAUGCUAGUGAUAUACAACAUGCUAGUGAUAGACAACAUGCUAGUGAUAGACAACAUGCUAGUGAUA